AUACUAAAUAUGAUGCUGAAAAGCUUUAUCAUUAUCAAAACAAACGCCUGAACAAUGAUAUUUAUUUUAAAACACUCUAUGAUGAGUUUAUGUCCGAAUAUCUCCAACUCGGUCACAUGCAACCUGUUUGCGAGGACUUUGAGCCGCAGCCUGUCUGCUAUAUUCCCCACCACGGUGUUUAUAAAGGCUCAAGCUCAACUACAAAACUACGAACCGUUUUUAACGCAUCACGUAAAACGAAAUGUGGUAGGUCACUAAACGACUGCUUGCUUGUUGGACCAAAGCUCCAAAACGAUUUAUCCGCAAUUAUAUUGAAGUGGCGAUGGCACAAGAUCGCAUUUACGGCCGACAUCGAAAAAUGUUUCCGACAAAUCUUGGUUGACCAUAAGGACGCAGAUAUGCAACGAAUCUUUUGGAAAUAUGAGNUAUCCGCAAUUAUAUUGAAGUGGCGAUGGCACAAGAUCGCAUUUAUGGCCGACAUCGAAAAAUGUUUCCGACAAAUCUUGGUUGACCAUAAGGACGCAGAUAUGCAACGAAUCUUUUGGAAAGAUGAACAUGGCCAGCCUUGCCUAUAUCGCUUACUUACAGUAACUUACGGACUCAACUGUUCGCCUUACUUAACCAUUAAAGUUCUCCAUACUUUGGCGAAAGAUGAGGGUACAGAAUUUCCAGAAGCAGCAGAUGUUUUAAAGGAAUGUUUUUACGUAGAUGACUGUUUAAGCGGCGCUAGCUGUGUUGAUAAGGCUGUUGACUUACAACAGCAAUUACAGACUUUACUACAGCGCGGCGGAUUUACACUGCGAAAAUGGAGUUCCAAUUCCGGAAAUUUUCUUCAAAAAAUUCAAGGAACAAAUGCCAAUAAAAUAUGUGCGCUUAAUUCGGACCAAGACACUAAAGCACUGGGAAUUUAUUGGUCAUGCCAGGAUGACUAUAUUGGGUACAAGGUAAAAGUGAGCGUAGUUUCCGUAGCAAUCACUAAAAGACAGCAGCUUUCCGACGUUGCAAAAAUUUAUGAUCCUGCUUGCUUGCUGGCUCCUAUCAUCAUCACUGGCAAGCGUAUGUGCCAAGAUCUUUGGCGUACCGGAU